CGGGGCAGGGCCCUGCCAGAGAGCGAGGGAAGAGAGACGCGUCGAGCCCCACUUAGCGCCCAGAGCUAACGGGGGGACGGGCAGGACCCGUGCACUGCCUGCGGGAGGGGGCGGAGUUAUGUUCGGCCCUAGCUUUAGGCGGAGGUUUCCUGUGAUGCGGCUUUCGGCCAGUUGUGACAGAAAUCUAAUACAGGGAAUAGCGGUUCAGAAAGUGACAGACAUAGGAGGGUGUGAGUGGCUGACAGGAAAUGUUUCGACGUGGUGCUACAACCUAAUCUAGCGAUGUGGAUCUCCUAUAACGUGUGGCACACAUGUAUGCACUACACAAAACCUAUUGCUUAUAUGCUUAUUAAUAGUGCCAGCAGUCAGCUUUAGGAUACCUCUUAAAUAAGUUGGCAAUUAAACCUUCUAUAGAAGUGACAGUAUGGUUAUAAGGCCCUCGUGUUAUGCUCUUAAGAAAAAAGAAAAGAAGACUGGCAGCUUUUUGUAGGAGCUGGUGACUUUGACCAGGGAACACCAUGGCCCACACUACCAUUUCUGCAGCUUUUGCUAUUCCUCAGUUACUGAGAGGUACUGCUCGAAUUUUCCCCACUCAUUCUGCAUUGUUACGGUUGAAGUACUCUGCUUUGUGUUCCUGCACGAUGAAUGGCACAAUGAAAUCCAAAAGGAAAACGGAUCAUCUGGAGAGAACGGCAAAUAACUUUCGACAGGAGGUUAUUACUCCAGCAAAAGUGUGUGGCAUCACCAAUGAAUCUGAAACAGUUAAAAGACUUCGCUUGGCUGUCACAAAUAAGGAUUUUACUUUUAAAGCAGGACAGUGGGUAGAUUUCUUUAUUCCUAAAGUUGCCGUAGUUGGUGGAUUCUCAAUAUGUUCCAGCCCUGGUCUACUGGAACAAGAGGGAGUAUUGGAACUGGCAGUGAAACAUACUGUACAUCCUCCUGCUCACUGGAUUCACACUCAGUGCUCUCUUGACUCAGAAGUGGCUCUGCGAGUGGGAGGCAAUUUCUUCUUUGAUCCUCAACCUGCUGACUCCCCUGUUAACCUUGUGCUGAUAGCAGGGGGAGUAGGAAUCAACCCAUUGUUUUCCAUACUGCUACACGUAGCAGAUUUUCAUAGAAAUCAAGAGAGUGAAGAAAAUGGGUAUAAAAUGGGAACAGUGAAGCUGUACUAUAGUGCAAAAAACACAAAUGAACUCUUAUUUAAGAAUAAUAUCUUUGGUUUGAUGAACGAAUUUCCUGGAAAGAUCACAUGCAGUUUCCAUGUUACCCAACAGAGUUCACAAAUCUGUGAAGAACUUCAGCCAUAUAUCACUGAGGGAAGAAUAUCUGAAAAGGAACUAGAAAAACAUGUGUCUAAGGAUACUUUAUGGUACAUCUGUGGUCCACCUCCAAUGAUAGAAUCUAUAUCCAAACUACUAGAAAACUUUGGUGUUCCUACAGACUGCAUUUACUUUGAAAAGUGGUGGUAGCUACAGCUACUUGGCAGAAAAUAAAAACUGAAAACAACUAAUCUAUGUAUUUUGGUAAAUAAAGUGUCUGAAAUGCACAGAAGAUGGACUCUACUGUGACCUCACUGACUGCAAGAUUUCACUAUACGCACAUGACAUCUUCUUGUAUUUAGUAAUAAUUCCUAAAUUAUCCUAUAAUGCACUCUGAUUUGGGUCAUUAUUGUUUUAUUGCUUUUGGAAAAAAAACAGUGUAUUUUGUAUUAAAGAUAUGAGCCAUUU